UGCUUAUGAAAAUUAGAUCGAUCCAUAGGAUAGCUCUCUAUGCGCAAGUUAAAAACCACGCCAAAAAAUUUGAAGCUAAAGUCGAAAAAUAAGGAGUAAUUUGGACUAAGUCAAACAAUUUUUGGGUUGAGGAUGAUUGAUUGAAUUUGUAACGCAGAGUACAUAAAAAACUUGUAACCUCAAUUUGUGUGGCAGUUCUGUGGUCUGAACUUUUUGAAAAAAGUCUAUUUUUUUAAAGAUAAGGUGAUCUUUAAAAAGUCUUAUGAGAUUUGCGGAUUUGGUAUUAUCCAUAUCGUGUUGUCACUGUUAUGUUUGCGUUUAAUUACUCGUGAAUCGCAUUCAAGUCGAAAGCAAUGUCGGGCCCCAAAGUAACUACCAACUUACUGAAGCAGUUGCGGAAUUUGAUGCAAAAUGCAAAAUACGCCAACGAAUCGAUUCAGGCGUAUAUAGUCCCGUCCAUUGACGCCCACAAUAGUGAAUAUUUGGCGGAAUGUGAUAAAUUGAGGUCGUUUAUAUCGGGAUUUGAUGGUUCUGCGGGUACGGCGCUUAUCACGCAAAACAAGGCACUGAUGUGGACCGACGGCCGUUACUACCUCCAGGCGUCUAAGCAGAUGGAUUCUAACUGGUUGCUAAUGAAAGAAGGUGAUCCAAACACUCCCAAACAAGCCUCCUGGCUAGUUAAGAACCUACCAUCAGGCUCGCGAGUGGGCGUCGACCCCAAGCUUAUCACCUACGAUAACUUUGUUAACUUGAAAAAAGAACUAGAGACCGUAGGCCACAAACUGAUCCCUGUCAAUGCUAACCUGGUGGAGUUGUUAUGGGAUGACAGACCAAAACGAUCCUUGAACCCCAUUGAACCCCUCCCGCUCCUGUUUUCUGGUAAACCAGUGGGUGAAAAGCUGAAAGAAGUGGUGGGCUCCAUGCGGGAGGAAAACGCCAAGUAUUUGGUUUUGACCGCGCUGGAUCAGAUUGCGUGGUUCCUCAAUCUUAGAGGUUCCGAUAUAGAAUUUAACCCUGUGUUUUUCUCCUAUGUAAUUGUAUCAUCGGAUUCGCGGUUAGUGCUGUUUGUCGACCCCCAACAGGCAACGGAAAAAGUGCGCAGGCACUUGUCAGAUGAAGCAGGGAAUAUUUUCGAAAUAAAACCCUACGAUUCUAUUGAAAACCACUUGAAAGACCUCGCUGGUUCUCUAGACCGCGGCUUCGUGUGGUUCAGCGAUUCAUCCAGCUAUGCUUUGACUAGCAUAGUGCCCAAAAAACACCUCCUGUUGACAGAUACAACUCCUGUUGAACUCAUGAAAGCGAUAAAGAACCCUGUGGAAGUAAGAGGGAUGCGAAACGCUCACGUCAAAGACGCCGCGGCACUGUGCUGUUAUUUUGCCUGGCUGGAAAAGCAAGUGCCAAAGGGUACGGUCACAGAGAUCUCUGGAGCGAACAAACUGCAUGAAUUCAGGAAGCUGCAGCUCGAUUUUGUUGGCGACUCAUUCGACACAAUCAGUUCGGUGGGGCCCCAUGGGGCUAUCAUCCAUUACAAGCCCGAUGCGAGCAGCGACACGCCCAUUAGGUCUGACUGCUUGUAUCUGUGCGACUCGGGGGCACAGUUCCGCGACGGCACCACCGACGUGACCAGGACGUUGCAUUUUGGUACUCCGACCAAUUACGAGAAGGAAUGCUACACGAGAGUGCUGAAGGGUCAACUGAAAUUAGCCAGGAGCGUGUUUCCAAUGAAAAUCAAGGGCAACUAUUUGGAUUCGUUCGCUAGGGAGUACCUGUGGGAAGCUGGGCUCGAUUAUCCUCAUGGUACUGGCCACGGUAUCGGUCAUUAUCUGAACGUCCACGAGGGUCCCAUGGGUAUCUCUUGGAGGCCGAUCAAUCAAGACCCUGGCUUACAGCCAAAUAUGUUCUUGUCCAACGAACCCGGCUACUAUGAAGACGGUAAGUUUGGCAUUCGCAUCGAAGAUAUCGUCCAAAUAAUACCAGCGCAGACCCCAUAUAAUUAUUCUGGCAAAGAGUUUUUGACAUUUGAUACCAUUACUUUGGUGCCCAAGAUUAUCAAGCUAAUUUCUGUGACAAUGUUGACUAAUGAAGAAAUCACACAGCUCGACGGGUACCACAAAAAGUGCCGCGAAAUUGUUGGGCCUUUGUUGAUAGAACAAGGUUACACAGACGCCAAAGAAUGGUUGUGGAGGGAAACAGAGCCAAUCCGCAAGUGAUGAUUGAUGUUUAUUGAGAUUUUCUUCAGAUUCUGCCAGGUUAUUUUAAUAAAGAAAUAUUUUACC